AUGGUUAAAUCGGAUGCUUUAACACACCUUACAUCGGGGGCGAUGUCAGAAGUCAUUGGUAAAGAAACGAUAUUUGGAUUAUGGCGAGGAACAAUUCCAACAAUUCUACGUAACGUUCCGGGUACUUCAUUAUAUUUUUUCACAUUAUCCGAAAUUCGUUCUUUCUUUUCGAGACGACAUCAAACAACGUUAAUAUCCCCUGGUUCAUCUUUACCAAUUUUAUCAAAUAAGGAAAAUUUGGUAGCUGGUGCAAUAGCCAGAGGAUCAGUUGGAUUUAUUAUGAUGCCGAUCACUGUUGUCAAAGUUAGAUAUGAGAGUAAUCUUUAUAAUUAUAAGAGUAUUUGGAAUGCUUUAACUACAAUUGUUAAAUGUGAAGGAAUAAAAGGAUUAUAUUAUGGAUAUGGAGCAACUGUCAUAAGAGAUGCACCUUAUGCUGGAACAUAUUUACUUUUUUAUGAGCACAGAACUUCAAUUUCUGCACCAAUUGUACAUAUGACUUCUGCAAUGAUUGCUGGAUUUUCUGCUACUACCGUGACACACCCAUUUGAUAAGUUAAAAACACGCAUACAAUUAAAACCUCGUGAAUAUCCAAAUUUCUUUCGUGGUGCACUUAAAGUAUUACGUGAUGAAGGAUUUUGGGGUUUUUUUGAUGGGUUAAGCCUUCGUUUAGGCAGAAAAGUAAUGCAAGCUGCAAUUGGUUGGACACUUUAUGAGGAAUUGGUAACUUUGUUCAAAAGGAAAAAAGAGGAAACCUGA